CAGAAUAUAUAUAUAUUUUUAAAGGCAAGCUUAUUGCAGAUCUAAAGUAUUCUUAGUUUGGCUUCCAUCAUGGCACAAUAUAAUUUUGAGGGUGAAAUCCAAAACAUUCAUGAUCGUCAGCUGGAAUUUAUUAACAGUGUGAUCGAAAAACUAGGAUACAAGAACAGCAAAGUGACGUUUAAUGCUGUUGGAACGGCAGGUGACAAUUAUGUGGCAAAUGUUAAAAGGAUCAUUGUAGAGGGAGAAAGUGGCAAUUUGUCCAUAAUUGCGAAAAUAGCACCAACAUCAGAAGUCCUGCGACAAUCGUUUGAUAGUGGACCUUUGUUCGGUAAUGAGAGUUUUGUGUACUCGAAAGUCUUACCGAAGUUCUUGCAACUGCAAAAGCAAGCGGGAGUGCCAGUAGAAGAACAAAUUAAAUUCCCAAAAUGUUACGGAUCACUCAGUGAAGCGCCCAAUGAAGUAAUACUACUGGAAGAUGUCAAACUGAGCGGCUAUACUAUGCUGGAUCGAUUUAUACCCCUCACAGACUACGUUGUGAAAGGUGUUUUAAAAAGUUUAGCAGUGUGGCAUUCAAUGUCUUACGUCUUAAAAGUGAAGGAGCCUGAAACUUACAAUCUCUUCAGGGAUACCUUAGUUGACUUAUGGGGAAUUAUGGCUGAAAAGAAAGAUAGUCCAGCACUUGUGUUUUUAAAUCAAAUCGAAACUAUGGCCAUUGGCAUUUUAGCUGAUUACCCAGAAUACCAGAAUAUUUUAAGACACAAAGUUUCUGGUUCAAUUGAAAAAGCGGCGAAGAUGCAAAAAGUUGAAUAUGGGAAUAGAUUUGCAGUUAUUCAACAUGGCGAUACUUGGACCAAUAAUAUUAUGUUCAAAUUUGAGGGAGACGAAUUAACAGAAACUAUGUUAAUAGACUACCAAGGUGCGAGGAACUCAAGCCCUGUAAGCGACCUGAUGUAUUUCCUCUUCACCUGCACUCACCACGAAGCUAGGGUAGAAUAUUACUACGAAUGGCUGGACUACUAUCACUCGCAAUUAGAGAAUUCACUAUCAAACUUUGGAAUAAAAGCCAACUAUGUCUACCCUAGGGAUCAGUUAGACGCUGAUAUGAAGAGGUAUGGCAAAUUAGCUCUGGGCAACUCUAUAGUAACAAAUAGCAUUAUAGUACUGAAACCCGAAGAAGCCAGUAAGGUUAAAGACCAGAUGGAGUCGGCUGAUAUGAGUAACAUGAAUGCAGUGAACAAUAUGGAACCUGCAACGAUAUUAGCGUACAAGAAGAAGCUUAUUGGAAUUCUGGAGAGUUUUGAUAGGUUCGGUUUACUGUGAUUCUACCAUGUUAAUGCCAAUCUUUAAUUAAGGCUACAUUUUUGAAUGUAAUGAUGUGAGUGCUUAUAAAUGUAUUUUUGGUGUAUGCUUUGUUGUAUGUCCUUUUAUAAUGUAUAGAGAUUUAAGCGCUGCUCAUUGCUACCUCAUGACCAUUUAUUUUUGUUUGUUAAUAAAUAAGUAAAGAAAAACUUAGAAGAUAACACUUAGAACAUAAGUCCUGUCAGUUGCGUGAUGGAAAGAAAAGACUAUUACCACCAUAUUUAACAGUAACCACCUCUAUAUCAUACUUUAAUUUUACCUGCCCAGUAUUUCUAUACUCGCCUUUUAUGAUUUAAUUGUGAUUAUGUGUAUUAAAAAUAAUUAAGUUAAACAAUACUUAACCAAUACCCUCUGAAAACCUAUCUGAUUGUCAUACGGUCAGUAGAAAGGUUGAGAUUGCAUCGCUAUUCUUUAGGUAUAGUUCAAACUUCACUUUUGUCCGUAAAUAAAAAUAGAAUUGUCGUUAUUUUAUUACUUUUAAUAUACAUGAUAACUUUAUGUUGUUGUUUUUUUUGUAGAACUAUUUAAGUCCGGUUAUUUUAUUCAGUGUUUCUUAGGGCCCCAUAUUAAGCCCAUUCCUAUUUUUGGAUUGCAUACUUGUACCAGUAUUUUUUAUCAUACCAUUCAGUGACAAUCUGUGAUUUAAUGCUUGUAGUGGAUAACUCAUAUACCCAUUUACGAGUAUGUAUAUUUACAUAGGUAUAUAUUAUUUGACUGUAGGUAAGUCCAGUUUGUUAUUGAUACUUUUAUAUAUUUUAUUUUACUUAAAUGAUUUGUUAAUACUACAGCUUCCACUGUCUGAAAUGAAAACUGAAAACUAUGUGUUUGGAUUAUUGAAUAAAUUAUUUUUGAGUUUGUGAAAUAGUUA